UUUCACCGGCUCACUUUACUUUUUUCCUAUUUUAUAAUGAGACCACUUGCUCUUUUAAUUUGCAUUAUUGUUCUGUUCUUGGUGACAGAAGCUCGAUAUAAUCCUAGAAAAGGUCUGGCAGCAGGACGGCAAAGGAAACACAAGUAUCAAGAUGAAGGAGAAGCUUUCGUUGUGUUGGUAGCUGGAUCAAAUGGAUGGUAUAAUUACAGACAUCAAGCUGAUGUGGCACAUGCGUAUCACACACUUAGAAAUCAUGGAAUUCCAGAGGAAAAUAUUAUUACAAUGAUGUAUGAUGAUGUGGCGAAUAAUCCAUUAAAUCCAUACAAAGGGAAGCUGUUUAAUCGUCCACAUGGAAAAGACCUCUACAAAGGUCUGAAAAUUGAUUACAAAGGUGCUUCAGUGACACCGGAAAACUUUUUGAAUGUUCUUAAAGGAAAUGCCAGCGGAAUUGAUGGUGGAAACGGAAGAGUUCUUGAAACAAACGACAAUGAUCGCGUUUUUGUUUACUUCACUGAUCACGGUGCGGUUGGAAUGAUUUCAUUCCCAGAUGGCAUUUUGACUGUAAAGCAACUGAAUGAUGUUCUUGUUUGGAUGCACAAGAAUAAGAAGUACUCACAGUUGACUUUUUAUCUUGAAGCCUGUGAAUCUGGAAGCAUGUUUGAAGAGGUACUCCGAUCGGAUAUGGAUAUUUAUGCAAUUUCUGCUGCAAAUAGCCAUGAAAGUUCAUGGGGAACAUUCUGUGAGAACGACAUGAAUCUUCCGUGCCUUGGAGAUCUUUUUAGUGUUAACUGGAUGACUGAUAGUGACGGAGAAGAUUUGAAGACAGAAACUCUUGAAUUCCAAUACGAGCUAGUUAAAAAAGAGACAAACCUUUCCCAUGUGAUGCAGUUUGGUGAUAAGGAUAUUGCGAAAGAGGCAGUAGCCUUGUUCCAAGGAGAUAAGGAAGAUAGAGAGUAUGUCGAAGAUUUUGGAUUGUCUGCUUCAAAAUCUGUCAACUGGCCAGCAAGAGAUAUUGAGCUCAAUCACUUGAUUUCGCAACACAGAAAGUCGAAUGAUUUGUUAUCGUCGAACAAGUUAGAGUACAAAAUCAAUAGAAUCAAGGAGACACGAAGAGCAAUCAAGAGAAAUGUACAUAUGAUUGUUCAGAAGUUCUUUGAUGGAGAGUCUGAAGAUCUGAUCAGCCGAGUACUAACACAAACUCGUCCAGUUCUUGAUCUCCGUUGCCAUCACAUUGCUGUUCAUCUUUUCAAAAAGUACUGUAUCAAUUUCAAUGAAUAUGAGUACGCGAUGAAGUAUGUGAAAGUCAUCAACAACAUGUGCAUAUAUCGUCGAAUCGAAGAAAUUGUCCUGGCUCUUCCCGAUAUUUGCAUGGAUAUUGAUAUUGAACAGGAAGUUGCAAUUCGUUUGGAGAAGGAGUUCUUGUAAGAUAUGUUAAUCUCAUUUAUUUAUUUUAUGAUUCGAGAAUCAUUAUUUUUGUGAAUAAAGACACAUUUUG